UUUAGGUGGUUUGCUCCAAACKGCACAAAGCUAUCCUAGCUUAUCGGCUAAUAAUACUUCUAAUAAUUCGUGUUCUAUAACAACCAUUGCAAAUAGAACCUUUUGUGUUGGUGAAGCUUUAACUAUGAGCUUAGCAUCUACAUCAAGUGAUAGUGAACAAGUCAGUUUAGAAGAUUUUUUAGACAGUGUUCGUGCUCCAGCCUUAUUUGCAGAGCUUGAAGAUGAUGAAGAAAUUGUUGAAGAUGAUGAUAUUCCUGAUGAUGAUGAAAACGAAGAUGAACAAGAAUAUGAAGAGGUAAUGGUCUCCAGAAAUCUACUAAGUAUGGAAGAUGAAGCAUUUGCUGCCCAACAGCAUGCUGCCAUUGAAAGUAUUGUGGGUGCUGAUAGAUGUGGUAAUCCAUAUAAAAGGCGCUCUUGGGAUGAUGAUUAUGUGCUUAGAAGAGAAUUCACAGCAUUAAUACCAGCAUUUGAUCCUCGACCUGGGCGUACUAAUGUCAAUCAAACAUCUGAUUUAGAAGUUAUCGCUCCACCUGAUGAUGAAAAUGAUGAAAUUCCUGAUGUUUUCGCUGAAAACUCAAGUAUUACUAACAAUCAAACAUCAUUACCAAGAAUUAAGUUAACUCUAAAAGGACCUAAUUUGCCAGGAAUUAAAGAUGUUGAAGUUGAACUUAAAGAUUCUAAUUGGACAAUUUUUCAUGCUGUUCAAAAGUUGGCUCAAUUGGCAGACCUUGGUAGUCGCCAAGAAAAAUCUAGACGAAUUUGGGAACCUACUUAUACAAUCAUAUAUGAAGAAUUGACCAACAAAGAUCAAAGACUCAGUGUGGGUCCUGAUAAUCAAUGGGAUUCUGAUUUACCUAUAUUUUCAACAAGAACACAAUUAAGUAAUACAGGUUGUACUGUUGAUCAUGUACUUCAACUUUUAAGGCAGCUUCAUAAUCUUUCCAUUAAUCCAAUGAUCUCUUUACUUAAACCUUACACUGAUGACUUUUUUGAAGGUAAAUAG